CGAGAAAAAGGGCAAUGAAAAUAUUUCUAGGGUUUGUGAUUUUGAGUGUCUUGAGCAAUGGGAUCCAUGUGGAAGGUUCUGUGGAGAUCGAUGCAAUGUUGAAGAGACUGAACAAACCUGCCGUGAAGACUAUCUAUAGUGAGGAUGGAGACAUCAUAGACUGUGUGGAUAUUUACAAACAACCUGCUUUCGACCAUCCUUUGUUGAAAAACCACAAGAUUCAGAUGAAACCGAGUGUGAUGCUGGCUUCAGAUGAGGAACCGGAGAAUCGGAAGCCGAGUUCAUCUAAAAUGACGGUGUCCCAGACAUGGAGAGAAGCUGGUGACUGUCCUGAAGGGACAGUCCCGAUUCUAAGAGUUACAAGAGAGGACAUAACAAGAGCAUCUAAUGCUUCCUGGUUCGGCAGAAAAGCUCCAUACAUGGCAAGCAAAAACCCAGACAAUUUCAGAUUAUUAGCCGACGGAACACGGACCCCACGUCCAAAGGACAGAUCGGAGGCGUUUGUUGUCACAGUCGGGAGCAAUUACAUCGCUUCUAAAUCAGAUAUGAGCGUUUGGAACCCGAGCGUUGAAGCGAGCGACUUCACCACCAGCCAAAUCUGGAUGCAGAAUGGACCUGGAGAUGAUUUUGACAGUGUAGAAGCUGGUUGGGCGGUGAAUCCGGACUUAUUUAGAGAUUCACGCACCCGGUUGUUCGGCUAUUGGACUAGCGAUGGAUACAAAACAACAGGUUGCUUCAACCUCUUAUGCUCCGGUUUUGUGCAAAUCGGUAAGGCGUUUGCCCUAGGUGCUCCCAUUAAAGACGUCUCCGUUGGGGAUAAGCAGUUCCAAAUUACUGUUCGUCUAGGAAAGGAUUCAAUCGGGAAUAAUUGGUGGCUUAAAGUUGGAGAUGAAAGAGUAGGGUACUGGCCCGGAUCCCUCUUCACCUACUUGACCCAUAGCGCGACUCUGGUUCAAUGGGGCGGCCAAGUUUACAGUCCUAACGUGAGGAAGACUCCUCACACGAAGACCCAGAUGGGCAGUGGAGCCGACUGGUCAAGGUUCUGGGACACGGCUGCGUUCCACACCAACUUCCGGGUUCAGAACACUACCCAUCUUUUCAUGAAGUAUCCCGAAGAUCUUACCGAGUUUGCAGACGAAUAUGAUUGUUAUUCUACAAAGCUAUACCGGGAAGACCCGGACGCCGGAUUUUACUUCUACUUCGGAGGAUCUGGACAGAACCCACGUUGCCCUUGAAGAGGGUUUCAGGUUUCUGGUUUUGAUGUUGACGGUUUACUUGUUCCGCAAGUAAGUAAGUUUGUUUGAGAAAAUAAUCCAA